UGGGACCCCAGACUGAGUUAGGCCGCGGAUAACCGCCUGAAUCUAGAUGGUGAGAAACCUACCAUUUUUCUAGGUCCUGGAUGAUGUAGAAGAUUUAGAUACUAAACCUCAAGAGACGUCUUUCCUCUCAUUUACGGUCUUCCGGCAUAUUUACUCUUUCUAAUAUGGUAGACAGAGUCGGUGUCUUUGAAGCUGUUAAUCAGGCAAUCUCCUGGGCACUCCGGCUGCGGGUCCUCGCGGCCUUCUCAGCUUCCUCAGCCUCGGUCGGGAGAGGACCCGGCGCCGAAUCACUGACUGGCACAGGUGUCGGGAAAAUGAUCCACAGUCUAUUUCUCAUAAACUGUUCCGGUGACAUAUUUCUAGAGAAGCACUGGAAGAGCGUUGUGAGCCAGUCUGUCUGUGAUUAUUUCUUUGAAGCUCAAGAGAAAGCUGCUGAUGUUGAAAAUGUACCACCUGUCAUUUCAACACCUCACCACUACCUCAUCAGUAUCUACCGGGAUAAGCUCUUCUUUGUAUCUGUCAUACAGACUGAAGUGCCACCUCUCUUUGUAAUUGAGUUCCUACAUCGAGUUGCUGACACUUUUCAGGACUACUUUGGUGAGUGUUCAGAGGCUGCAAUUAAGGAUAAUGUGGUCAUAGUAUAUGAACUCUUAGAAGAAAUGUUAGACAAUGGAUUUCCGCUGGCUACCGAAUCUAACAUUUUGAAAGAAUUAAUUAAACCGCCAACAAUUCUACGGUCUGUUGUCAACUCUAUUACAGGCAGUAGUAAUGUUGGGGACACACUCCCCACUGGGCAGCUGUCCAACAUACCAUGGCGUCGGGCAGGGGUAAAGUACACAAACAAUGAAGCCUAUUUUGAUGUCGUUGAAGAAAUAGACGCAAUUAUAGAUAAAUCAGGAUCUACAGUCUUUGCAGAAAUUCAGGGGGUCAUUGAUGCUUGCAUUAAACUAUCUGGAAUGCCCGAUCUCUCCCUUUCUUUCAUGAACCCUAGGCUUCUGGAUGACGUCAGCUUCCACCCCUGCAUCCGGUUCAAGCGUUGGGAAUCUGAAAGAGUUUUGUCAUUUAUUCCUCCAGAUGGAAAUUUCCGACUCAUAUCAUACCGUGUCAGCUCACAAAAUCUAGUGGCAAUACCAGUGUAUGUGAAACAUAGUAUCAGCUUUAAAGAGAACAGUUCUUGUGGCAGAUUUGAUAUAACAAUUGGACCAAAGCAGAAUAUGGGGAAAACUAUUGAAGGAAUUACAGUGACAGUUCACAUGCCAAAAGUUGUGCUGAACAUGAACCUGACAACCACACAAGGCAGCUAUACAUUUGAUCCAGUCACCAAGGUACUAACAUGGGAUGUGGGAAAAAUUACUCCACAAAAGCUCCCAAGUCUUAAAGGACUGGUAAAUUUACAGUCUGGAGCCCCCAAACCAGAAGAGAAUCCGAGCCUCAAUAUACAGUUUAAGAUCCAGCAGCUUGCUAUUUCAGGCUUAAAAGUGAACCGUUUGGACAUGUAUGGGGAGAAAUAUAAGCCAUUUAAAGGAGUCAAAUACGUCACGAAAGCUGGAAAGUUCCAAGUGAGGACAUGAGAAGAGGCCAAAAUUUCUCAAGACCAGUUUGUUUUCCAAGUGUCAUUAUGAUGUAUUACUAUUAGGUACCAAGUGGGUGGGAAUAGAUAUUCUAGUUAAAGCAUUUGUGUCUAGCUACACACCGCUAACAAAGUUGCUUAGUUAUCAAUGUAGGAUUCUUAAGGAGCUUUAAGCUAAGGAAACCUUUUAGUGACUUAGCUUAUUUUGUAUCUUUUCACUUAGGAAGAUGUUGGAGGUGAUUUUUUUUCCAUAGGAGAAUACCAUCUGACGGCUGCACAUUGUAACAGUAAAGGCAGAAAGCUACAGUGAUAACUUCUCUCCUAAAAGGAGUUAACUGGUCUCAUCCAGCAGAAGCUAUCUUAAAUCUGUGAUGUGUCAGGUGCAGCCAAAUAUCACAUGUGAUCUUAGCCAUCCCAAACCAGUAUCUGUCCCAAGAGAGGAAAUUCCCCACACCCCCAGAAGUUUACAGAAAACUGCCUCUUCAAGUGUUUGCCUUAUUCAGCUUUUCACUUGUGCCAUUAAGCAAGCACUGUAGCAAAAGCCACUUCCACAUGGCCCUGGCAAGGAGCACUGCUGCUCCAUGCUCCAUUCUCUCUGUACUUGGUAUUGUAUUUUUUAUAAAUAAGAUUUUUAUGUAAAGCUUAUUUGAUUUACAGGGACCUUGCUGCAGUAAAUACCAUCUCAAUUUUGUGCCACUGGUUCAGCUGUUAGCACAGUAAAAAAAUCAUUUGUAUCACAGGGGCAAAUGCUUUAUUAAGGUAGUAAAAGGGAACAUUACUUCUGCUUUCAGGAAGUUACUGCAACCACAGGCAUUUGUGCUUUUAAGCAAAUUAAAGUAGUAAAAGAAAAACUUAAGUGAAACCUUUGCCAUCUUAAUGUUUUAUAAUAUAAAGCUUACCCAACACCAGUUAAGCCAUGGUUAACCUAAAUGUCUCAUGCCCUGGUUCAGCAAAAGGAGGAAAAUGUGCCUGCCUCACUGUCAUCAGUCUUUUUAAAUCUUUUACCUUUUUUGUUGUUGUUCUUAAGGGGUUGAAUUUGCCUGCAUUCCUUGUCUUUAGGGGAAAUUCCCUUUUCAUAUUGUGUGCUUCCCAAAGCUAUAGUCAUAGAUUUCUUCCAGAAACUAUUGUCAUAAUUGUCACUGGAGUGCUUAAAUAUACCUACUAUACUGACAAAAUACAUGGACGUGAGUUAUAAUGAGGCAGAAACAAAAUCCUCGGUAACAUUGAUGAUACUGUACUGAUCACCAUGGUUUUGGAAAGUCAGUCAACAGUUGUAUUAUUGCACUCAACUUCAUUGUGUCAUUUUAUGUAACUUCUUCAUCUUGGUGGUCCUUGCCCAGUUAUUUUUUGCCUCAUUAGACAUCAAGAAAUGGAGAAAGACUGAAAGUUAAGAUAUUCUUCAUGUUUCCUUCUUAUUUAUGCUAUUUUCUUCUCUUUAUAGCUCCAUUCUUCUUUCAGUCUUCUCAGCUUAUAACCGUCUUUUCCUUAUGCUAAGGAUAGCCCUUACACUCAUGCCAUCUGUGCUGUCAAGGGCUGCUGGUUGGUGCUGGUACAAGGAGCCCACGGAGCAGCUUUCUUACCUUUGUCUGCCCUGCCUUUCAUGGCAUAAGAAAGGCAACGUUUUGCAGCUUCCAUAUUUCUGAAGAAACUAAUCUCAGAUUGGCAGUUAUUUUACGGAACUGCCAAAUAGUCAAAAUGUUGUCAAAUAUUUAUUCCUUUUGCCUAAGUUUAGCUACCCAGUUCAAUUGCAUUUUAUUUUUAAUGUCUUGACUCUUCAGAGUUUGUACCUCAAAAGAACAAUCAGAACAUUUGCUUCGCUUUCUGCUGAAUCCCUAAUCUCAACAGUCUAUACCUGGACUGUCCAGUUCUCCUCCUAUACUAUCUUCUCUUCUAUCCAAGUAGAAUGUAUGCCAGGAGCUCCUUCCUUCUAGCAAUUUCUACUAAAAUGUCCAAAUAGAAUGUUUUCUUUUACAAUCAAAUUACUGUAUUUAUUAAUUUGCUAGAAUCCAGUAAAUCAUUUCGGUAGCUCUGGCUAUGCUAUCAAUAAAAAGAUGAAAGCAACAAGUUGAUUUUUUUUUAGGUCUACUAUUGAUUGAACAUUCUCCAAUGGGCAAGGCUCAUUGUCAAAGCAGGAUGAACAUGAUCAGAUUUUCUUCUGCAUCAUCAUACAAGCUGUGAGUGUUGCUGCAAAGCACUUCUCAGUACUCCUUCCCUAACCUCGUUAUGUUAAUAGCCAUUCAUACUUGGCUUAAGCAUCACCAUUCUGGCCACAGUCUGAGAGAUUAGUGAUCAAAGCUCCCUUCUCUAUCACUACCACCACCUACUGAUAACAAAGAUUCCUGAAUACUUAGUAGUAGUAAAAUAUUUUUCAAGCAGAGUUACAGCUAAUCCUGGAUCCCUUAGUUCUAAAUUCACAAGGGAGCAUAUCAAGAACAAAUGAAGUAGAUGAUUAUUUCCAGUGUGUGGGAGUCACAUUAUUUUAUCCAAAGGGAGUUCCUGUGAUAGGUUCAUUUCUUAAGUGGUGCUACAGUAGAAAAUCAGGAACAAAUACAGAACAAGAUCAGGAAAAUGCUGAUCUUGUCCUAAGCGGCAAGUUGAGAAAAUGAUUAUACUGCAGCAGGAAGGCAGCACCAGUGAACAUAUGGUAAAUGGCAAAAACAAGACAGUUCUGCUAAUUCAGUAGUAGCCUUGAACUUUUCUUUAACUCAAACAGGCUGGGAUCUGUCUUUAUAUUCGGCAGCUUUCCAAGAUAAAGCAGUGAUAAUAGCAGUUGGCAGCACUAAAUAUCAAUAUCAUCACCCUUUAAUGACAUGUUACUCCUUUCAGAUCUAGAAAAUCAGGCAAAACCAGUGCUGUCCCAACUCUACUCUAAACACCUGCUCCUACUAUUUUAGUCAGUGUUUCUUUAAGGAAGAAGAGGACUAUGUCCCCCAAAGCUAUCUCUGCCUUAUAGCCCAUAUAAGGGCUUUUUCCUGGUGGAUCCCUGAAAACCCUGUUUAUACUAGGCUUUGGAAUAUGAAAAACGGACCUGUGUGGCCGGGUGUGGUGGAUCACACCUGUAAUCCCAGCACUUUGGGAGGUCAAGGUGGGUGCAUCACUUGAGGUCAGGAGUUCAAGACCAGCCUGGCCAACAUGGUGAAACCUCAUCUCUACUAAUAAUACAAAAAUUAGCCAGGCAUGGUGGUGCACGCCUGUAAUCCCAGCUACAUGGGAGGCUGAAGCAGGAGAAUUGCUUGAACCCAGGAGGCAGAGGUUGCAGUGAGCCAAGAUUGUACCACUGCACUCCAACCUGGGCAACAGAGCAAGACUCUGUCUUGCAGUGGGGGAAGGACCUGUGGUACUCCUACAAACUUGACGACUUUAGCUUUUCAGGGAACAGUGAUGGUCUCCACAGAUAGCUAGAAUCUUCUAAGAUGAAAACAAACUGUUUCAUCCAGCUGCUUUCUGCCUGCUGUUAACCUUUGCCACUUCCAUUCAUUUAAGUGUGUAAUCCCCAUAGUUGUCUUGUAUCACACACAUCCUUGUUAAGUAAAUAUACCACCGUUGAUUUCUUCUUCCAGUACAACAUUUGGAUUAAAUAAAAAUCUUUAGUUUCCAGA